UGCAUAGGGUAUGCUUAAGCACUAGAGAAGAGGAAAUAUAUACUUAAAAACCAUCAGGCUCAGUGUGAAGAAAGCAUUGGUUUUCCAUGCAGCUAUGAAUUAAGAAAAUACAAAAGAAAUCUGAGUGCCCCUUAAGAAGGGAAGGCCUUGGAAAAAGGAAGAGCAGGAGGAAGAGCAGAAAAUUCAGCAUGACGGAAGCAUUCCCAGAAGCGACAACUGAAUUUGCGUAUGAUGAAUAUGCUUUUCUCUGCAACAAAAUCAACAUCCAGGAAUUUGGGAAAGUAUUUCUGCCAGUAUUUUACAUUGCAGUAUUUGCCUUUGGCCUCAUAGGGAAUCUACUGGUGGUUUUUGCCAUUGUGAAAGAAGGCAGUAAAAAGAGCAUUACUGACAUUUAUCUCCUGAACUUGGCAGCCUCAGACCUUCUCUUUGUGAUCUCCCUUCCCUUCUGGGCUUCCAGCGUGGUGCAUGGAUGGACCCUCGGGACGAUCUCAUGCAAAGUUGUUUCCUCGCUGUAUUAUAUUGGUUUCUUUGGGGGCAUGUUUUUUAUCACUGUUAUCAGUAUUGACAGAUACCUAGCUAUCGUCCGUGCAACAUAUUCUCUGAAGUCCCGAACAAGGAGCCAUGGCUUUCUGAUAGCUUGUAGCUUAUGGGCAAUGGCAAUUUUAGCUUCAGUGCCACAUUUCGUGUUCACCCAAAAGUUAGAAACUGACUGCAUUCCUGUGUACCCUGAUGAGCUUAAGAAUAUCUGGUUGGUGUUCUGCAAUAUGGAAUUGAACACCAUAGGCUUUUUUAUCCCAGUCUGUAUCAUGUGCUAUUGCUACUUUGGGAUCAUCAAAACCCUGCUAUCCUGCAAAAAUCAGAAAAAAACACGAGCCAUAAAAUUGAUCUUGGUUGUGGUGGUUGUGUUUUUUCUGUUUUGGUCCCCCUACAAUGUGCUGAUUUUUCUAGAAACUUUAAAGCACUAUGAGUUAUUUGUAAGUUGCAACCAAAUUAAAUCAUUGGACUAUGCUAUGUACCUGACUGAAACUGUUGCAUUCAGCCACUGUUGUCUCAAUCCUGUUAUCUAUGCUUUUGCUGGGGAAAAAUUCAGGAAAUACCUUUAUCAUAUCUGCUUAAAGUACUGUCCAUUCAUGUGUUUCUGUGGGCCUUGCAACCGCUACCAGGUCAGUUCUUCGACUAAUCAUGCAGAAAGCAUCGUGAACAGCAACAUAACCUUAAAUACCAAUGACCAGGAUGGCUCUGUCUUCCUCUGAAAAGCUCUGUGAAGAAGAAAUCUGUGUAAGCCUGUCUUCCACAGGGCUGGCAGCCACUGAGAGAUUUCCAUUACCCAUAAGAAAAGACUUAUGACCUCAGUGAAUAACUGGCAUGGCUCUUGUUAAGCAUUAAAUAUUCCACAACAGUAAAUAUUUAAAAAACAAAAGUAGUACAAUAUGUCAAGGCUGAAUUUAGAAUUGAAUCAAGAGAAAGGAAGAGGGAAAACAGAAGAAAAAACAGCACUCUGUGCCUAGAACAGAAGAUGGAGAAGA